CUGUGUUCCUUCCAGUGCGUGGUACAUGUGCCCAUGGGAGUUCGCAGCUGUAAAAUUGGGCUUGCCGCAUCCUUGAGCCGUUUCGGCCGAGUCGUGUCGAUGUCAGCGAAACCAUUCUCCAUGGGCCGGCUCUUGCGCCUGUUGCUACCGGCCCUGGUGGCCGCGGGCUCGGUGGACCUCGAUGCCAUCGAGGUGGAGGCGGAGGGCGAGGCCGAGGCCGAGCGCGCGGAGGCCUCCGCGCCCGGGGUCGCCCUCGAGCCCGCGGACUUGCUGAUGAUCUCCAUGGUGACAGGCAAGGAAGACGAUGAGUUGACUCUUGAGAACGCAGACGAGGCAUGCCAAUCACAUACGCAAGCUGGCGACGAUUGGCAUCUUUGCCUCAAAGAGGAGGUGGAAGACCACUGGGCCGAGUUUAUGGAUAAAUCAGAAGGAGCCUACGGAUUCCGAGCGUGGCUGCAGCAAAAGGGCUUUAGUGAAGGUGGCUGCAUUUACAAUGGCAGGAGGAGUGAAGCCACAAAGGACGAGCCGUAUUGGGCAUGCGGCUACCCAAAGGGCAAGAAGUUCAAUGCCCUGUGCUGCGUAGACAUGCCCAACGUUGCCGUGAGGACCGCGGGCAGCAAGAAUUCCCAGAACCUCACCCAGGCAGAAGCCACCUGCAAGGCCUACCAUACCCGGCUCUGCGAGAAGUCCGAGAAGGUGGAGGUGAAGAAAGGAGCGAAAUGGGCGGCCUGGGGCGCCAAGGGCUGCGUUUUCGAGGCGGCCAAGAAGCUUUGGACCUGCGUCGCUGAGGACGGCCAAGAGGACAAAUACGACGCCCUCUGCUGCAAAGAUCCGAAUCCCUUGCAGGGCCUUUGGCCCACCUCCAUGGGAGAUCCAUAUGUCCAAGAGGACAUCGUGGAUUGCAACAACAAGGCCUUGACCCUGGACGGGGGCUGCGAAGAGUUCAACAAGCGGCUGCACCUCUGCGGGGGCCAGCUGGAGAACCGGAGCGGGUAUUUGGUGCACUGCGUGGUUGACACCAGCACCAACACCUGCAGGCCCAGCAAGGUCCAGUGCCUGCCGGAGAGCUGCAGCCGCGCCUGCCGGGGAGUUCGCUAGUCCACCCGACAAGCCCGUGCUGUCCUACUUGGGAUGGGUGUCCGUUCAAAAACCACCAGCCUCACUUCUGCUUGGUUGUUUGCCCGAAAGGGCGAAGCGCCAAAAGCCAAGAUGGCCUACAAAAGCCUUGAAAGGCAAUAGGGCGCGUGCAAAGAAAUGCGCAGGCAAAGAGCCGGCACAGAGAGACACUGCGCUUCCAUGGCAAAACAGGCAGAAGGCGCCAAAACCGCUGGUCCUGCCGCAUUGGAACCAAUGUGUUUUGUUGGACUUGUUUUCCCCUGCUGCGACCAGCAUCAAGACGACUUGCUUGACCUCUCGA